UUUUUGGAUGCACUUUUUUGACAGUUCAGAACAAUGGCAGCACGAAUGCUGUCAGUUCGUUGCACCCAAAAAUCUCAACCCGAAGCCCGCACGUGUUUUUGUUUAUUUUGGUUUCUCUGUGCGCGCAGAAGAGUCGUUUUUUUCGUUUGAAGAUUUUCCGGUGCAAAAAUGGGUGGAAAUUCGAGAAAAUUCAAGAAAGCGGAGAAAAGUAAAAUCAAGCUCAAAAGUUCGCUCAAAGGUGCAAAGCUUCCGAAAGGUGCCAAUGUGACAAAGACGAAUUUCAAAGUACGCAAGAUCGUCAUUCCGGAUCAGAUCAAGCAGCGGAACCUAACGGAUGCGGCUGUCCUCUCCAGUCGCAGCUUGUCGGUCAACGACUGCCUGUCCAAACUGAAGCAAAGCAAUUCGACGUCGAAAUGCGAAGGCCUUCGGGGUCUGCGCGAGAUCCUCGGCAAACUCCCAACGGAGGUAACGGAAAACCAUCUGAGCACAGCCAUCAAGUCGAUCGCUAGUAUUUCCAUCGACGUGGAACGGGAUGUGCGUCGGGAUUGCUACAAAACACUGGGUUUGCUGUUCGCAGCCGCCGGGCAGGAGAAUGUGCUCCCGUUCUUCGAUGUUCUGCUGUCGUUCCUCCGCUGCGCUAUGACCCACAUCCAGCCGAGAAUUCAGGAAGAUGCACUGCUGCUGCUGGAUACGUACCUACAGCAUUUACCGCAGUUGGUUCUGCUAAAUAGGGACAAGAUCUUUCCGCAGUUUCUGGAUAUGAUUUCCAAGCUGAGGAGUGAAUCCAAACCGGAACGGACGCUGACAUUGAGCUUGAACAAGCAAUCGACGAGCACCAAGUGGAGAACCCGGGUCCUGAUGCGGCUGAUUGGGAUGCUGAAAAUUUUGAUCGAUAGCAAAAAGCGGGACGACGGAACGGUGGUUGAGUCGAAGGUGGAGGAUGAACCGAUGGACACCGGGGACGAGAAUAAUCCCUUCACCACCAAAUCAUCCCAGGUCUCGUCCAAAACGCUUAGCAUCAACAACGUCUUCGACUACAAAGCCCCGCAGCAUUUCCCUCUGGUACGGCACCGUCUCUACCAGCCGUGCCCGCUAACCUGUCUCUUCCGUAAAUCCAUUGGCGAAGACAAACUCUCACUGUCCGACCAGAUCGACGAAGGUCGCAAGCUGAAGACCUACGUCCAGAUGAUGAUGCCGUUGCUGUUCGAAUCCUGGCUCGAGGUUCGUCCCACGUCCAGCGGUGGCGAAACGGCCGAGCACGUGUUGUCCCACGAAGCGGCAACGACGCUGGCGCUCCUGCUGGACAUUGCCAUCCAGCUGUGGGAGCUGGUCGUGAUCUACGGCCGUGAGACAAAUAACACCGACAUGACCCGUUGGUUCCGGGAACAAUAUUCGGAGGAUUUUUGCAACCACAUUCUCAAGGGGUUCCCCUUCUAUCAGAGUCCGAGUGCGACUGGCAAGGCUCGUGGCGUGGCACAAACUUCCGAUGAAUCAAAGGAACGGAACGUGGACGAGAAGUGCUACCAGCAGAAUUUCAACAUUUGCUACUUUUACUGCUGUAUGAACGAGCACUUCCGCUCGGAUCGGAGCAAGAACUACGACAAGGUGGUGAACUACGUGGAGCGUUGCGUGAACAAUUGGAAGUUCCGCUCGCCGGAGGUGAGCUCGCUGCUGCUGAAGGUUCUCCGGUAUAUGUUGCUGGAGACGGAUUGUGUCGCGGUGAAUCAGAACACCCGAGGACUGCUGAAGACACUGCUUGAGGUAUACAUUCAGGCGAAACUACCACAGGAAACGCGCAAUCGGAUCUUGAUUCUGUUUUGCGACAUUAUCGUUCUGAACGACCGUCUCUGGAGGGAGUAUGGCCAGGAAAUUUUCACACUCUGGUUGAGGAUGCUUCCGAAUUUACUGAAGAAACCGGUCAUCGAUUUCAACGUGCUGAAAGCGUUGCUCUGUUUGGCCAAGCAGAAGAAUGCCAUCUUCCUGUACAGUUUGGAGGAGAACGUGGAUGAUAUUGUGGCCAAUGUCGGUUCGAUCAGGGUGGUUAAUGAGCAAUACAAGAACGAAGGACUGGUGCUGCUGGUGAACUUGCUAUUCUGGAUUAACAAACGGGAUGUAUUGGAGAAACUGCUUCAGCCGGAACGCGUCAAGGCGAUGAAGAUUGAUGACGGGAUGAAGGCAUACUUCAGGAGUACGCUGAAGACGAGAUUGACUUGUUUGUAGAACUAUCCCUUCGCAAUAAAUCAUUGA